UGUCAUCUUUCCUCCAUAGCGCCGCCACACUGUAGUUUUUCCGACAAAUGAAACCGAAACGUUUGACUUUCCUGUGAAGUUGGAAUGUCGAGGUGGAGUUUUCUUCCCAGGACGGAGUCUGGACUGCACUCGAGUGAAGUGGCGUCUUCUCUGUAACACGGAAGAUGAAACGGGUUUGAGUUGUUGAUAACCGAGGAGCAGUCAUGUGGUGGUUCCAGGAGGGUCUCUGCUGCUUGCCCGCCGGUCUGGUCAUCUGGACGGCGGCUUCCUUCAUCUUUGCCUACGUCACGGCGGUCUUGCUCAGACAUGUGGAUCCUCUGGUGCCGUAUAUCAGUGACACUGGGACAUUGGUGCCAGAAAGAUGUGUGUUUGGAAUCAUGCUGGACGUUUCAGCGGUUUUAGGCAUGGCAACAGUAUACGUGCGCUACAAGCAGGUGGAGGGUCUCACUCCCCUCAACGAGAUCUGCCUCCAUAAACUGAACCUGUCUGGACUCAUUCUGGGUUGGAUCAGCUCCUUUGGGAUGUGUGUCGUGGCAAACUUCCAGAAGACCACAGUGUUUUCCAUGCACUUAGUUGGGGCGGUCCUGACCUUUGGUGUGGGCGCCCUCUACAUCCUGACUCAGACACUGCUGUCGCUAUACAUGCAGCCUCAUGUGCACAGCAGGAGCAUCUACAUCAUCCGCCUCUUCAUUGGCUUGUGGACGCUGACCAGCAUCAUCAGCAUGUUUGUGUCCUCAGUCAUCAUGUACAGCAGUUUACCAGGGGUGGACGUUGCCCACAAGCUGCACUGGAUCCCUGGAGAAACGGGCUACACAGCUCACAUCAUCAGCACCAUCUCAGAGUGGUCUCUGGCUUUCUCCUUCAUAAGCUUCUUCCUCACCUACAUCAGAGACUUCCAGAAAAUCAACCUGAGAGCAGAAGUGAACCUCCAGGGCAGCCACCUCUACAACUGGCCACUUAGUGGCGCCUCACCGUCACGCAGCUCCAAGCCGGAGCCAUCGGAGUCCUCGCCCCUGUUAGCAGACAGCGCAUGACCUGGCAAGAAUCUGCUUUUUAACCCAGAGUGAUUUUUUUUAACCGAACCUACUUUGGACUGACCUUUCGACUAAUUUUAUGUAGCAGGGUUCUCCCGAGGAUUUCUCCUAGUGUAACAAGGCUGGGGAGAACCCUGCACAGAUCUGUACUGCCAAGGUCUCGACAUGAUCAGGAAUACUCUACCCAUCUAUCCUUCUUUCUUCUACUACUUCAGUGACUCUGUAAGUCGCUACUUUUUGUCUCACCAUCUGAACCCUGUGGCUAAUACAAUGACUUGGCGAACAUAUAGGUUUUUAUUGGCUUAAGAGUGCCAUGAUGCGCUUCUUCACAUUAAACCGAUGAAAUCGCAGGUGUUUUAUUUAGCUUGAAGUGCUCAAAAUGCAAAAUUUUUGCCCGAGUGUCCGCAACUCCGCCAAAAGAGCUGAUCUCCUGGAUGUCUGGACACGAGAAGAAGCAGCUGAGACCAGCUGAGGUGUUGCCGAAAACAGCACAUUUUGAGCGCUUUAAUGUCAAUAAAAGCUGUGAGGAAUUCAUGAUUCAAGUUCAGAACAUUGCUGAGUUUGUUUCAUGAGUCAACUAGUUUAGAAGUGAAACUCAUGGAUUUUUCAUCCGGGUGCACCAUUGACCUUUCUACGGCGCAUACAGCACCACUGCACCCGCGGCUUAUAGACCGGUGCAGCUUAUGUAUGAACAAGAUCUAUUUUCCUCCUUAAAUUUAGUGGGUGUGGUGAAUAUUCCGGUGCACUCUAUAGUCUGGAAUUUACUGUAAUUUACAUUGUAAGACUGGCAAGUCUACUCGAAAUUAACAUAUUACAUUUGGGGCCAUAUAUGGUCAAGCUGCUGAACAGGUUCGUCCUCUGACACAAACAUGAAGGGCCACUUUGCUUUGAAUAAAUUGGGAGCACACUAGCUGCAGUGAUGAUUCUCAGAUCAUACGCUGUGACCCCUCAUGCUCGUUCAAAAACCUCCUUCUUAUUCAUCAAGUCAGUCCAUUCACUCUCCAUUCUUUCUGGGGUUUCAUUCUUUCUGAUGUCUGCUGACCAGAGGAGCAGUGUUUUUAUACAAUAGAUGUGAAAUACUUAAUCGCACUUACAGUUGCUGUAUUGUUUUUUAGAUUUCAAAAUGCUGGCAGAAACUAUAACAUAUUGCACUAUUCUGGUUGAACUACCUGUAUAUGCUGCUGCUGUUUGUCUUUAACAAUGCUGGUCGCAUCAUGUAUUUUUAUUAUCUGCUUUUCAGUGCCUCUGUAAAGUGAAUAACUCCAUUGUUACUCUGUUUAGGAACAAAAAAAGCGACAUGACAUGAAAUCCUGACCCUUUUUUUUGACAUUGUAUUAAUAUACUGGGGAUGUUUUUUUUUCUUUGUUUUGGCCUCUGAGUAGCUUUUCUCUCAACAUUGUGUUUUACAAGUAACAUCCGACCUGCGACCUGCUCGACUUACGUCCACCCGUACUUACGACCGUGGCCAGAUGCUUAUUUUUUUUAAUUCAAUGCCUGGCACCGCAGCACGUAGCAGCGUGGCAUCGCGUACGACAGCACAGUAUACCAGCAUCUCACUCUCACACAGCGAUCUACCACUACAGUAGUACCUAUAACCCUCGUGUCACUAUUUUGAAUGGCAUUCCACUUAUGCCCAAUCUGACUUACGACCCGUCGGUCGGGACUGAUCCCGGUCGUAAGUCGGAUGUUACUUGUAUUUUGUAAUGCUGGGUGAUACAUUCCCUGUUGUCCAGCUUGAGGAAAGUGUGGGUUUAUGUGUCCGCCCGAUGCUUGUCAGGGUUUCCUCAUGGCACUCUGGUUUCUUCCCACUACUCCAAACUUGUUAACUGAUGACUAUCUAGGUGAGUUUCGGCAUCAUGUGACGAACGAUUGAACACAAUAUGAGCUUUAUUUUCUCAAAACUAUUAACAUUUUGUGCAAAGUGAACAUUGAAAGAUGGUUUAUAAUGUUUGGCAUCAACCAACAUUCAACAGUUUUCAUAUUUUCUUCAUUCCAUGAGUGACAAAAUACUUUCAUUAAAACAGCAGGGUGUUGACGCUGGAGCAGAUUUAAAUAAAAGCUUCACCAUAUUUACAACUAUUACCUACAAUAAAUAAGCAGAAGCAGCUUUGUUGAAUCGGAAAACUAUUUUUAAAAACCUGAUCGAUCCCAGUGAAGCAGCGAACCUCACCACAAUUACAAAAAUAAAAUUUUUCUUAAAU